CCGCUCAAGAAAGAGAAAACGCAUUUCACUGUCCGGCUGACGGAGCUGAAGCCUGCUGACAAGGUGAAGCUGAUCAAGGAGGUGAAGAACUUCGUGCCAGGAGUGAACCUCGUGCAGGCGAAGAAGCUAGUGGAGUCCCUUCCACAGGAGAUCAAGGCUAACGCCUCCAAGGAGGAAGCAGAGAAGAUCAAAGCGGCGCUGGAGGCAGCAGGAGGGACUGUGGUUCUGGAGUAGGCGGCCCCGUCUCACCACGGAGGGACUGGCGCAACGGCAGCCUUCCCUGCUGCCACCUGACCGGGCGCUGGCCGCUGCCCGAGCCGGGGUCUGAACGUUUCCGAGUGCAGGACGUCCCCUAGUUGUGCGGCGGGAAUGCUCUCUCGAAGCGAUCCGGCGUGAGAACGCUGUACGGUUUGGCGGGGCUGCUGUCUAGUUCCGGCAUCGCAGUGAACUCUACCUUCAUAAAUGUCCCAAAAAACCUGUAAAACGGUUAAUCUCUCAAAAACC